AUGUAAAAAAUUUUAAAAUAACAAGACUCAGCAUCAUCUUCUACUAGUGGAUUUGAAAAAAUAGAAAGUUAAGAGUUUUAACUUAAUAAAAUUUAAAUAUUUAAUAGGAGUAGCUUGGCUUUAAGAUUGACUAUGGAUCCUAGAACUAAUGAUUGUUAUUAAUAAAAAUCUUUGAAGAAAAAAAUGUUAAUUUUAAAAGAUGCUGUUUUAAAGGAAAGAGAGUUAAAAACUGAAUCAGAUAAAAAAAAUUAAGAAUUAAAACGAAAUUUAGAAUAGGUUUAAAAGAAUUUAAUUUAAAUAGAAUAGUUAAAUGCAAAGCUAAUUUAAGAAAUUUCAGACUUAAAUGAAAGUUUAAUUAGAGAAUAAUUAAAUAAAGAAAAAUAUUUAGAUUUGUAUAUGAAAUUAAAAAAGGAAAUAGAAAACAAUUAAAAUAAUAAUUAGAAUGAUUCUUUCUUUUAAGAAUUAGUUUCAAUAUUAGGCUUUAAUGUAAAUUAAUCUAAUAAUGAGAAAACAUUACUUUUAGAAAAAAACCUCGAAAUUUAAUAGCAAGAAAUCUCUAAACUUAAUCAAUAUAUUAUAUGUAAAAAAGACCCAGAAGGAUAAUCAAUAAUCGAUAUUGAUUAUAUUGAAGAAAAGUAUAUUAUAAAUGCUGACGAUUUGAAAACUAGUAAGGCUGAUUACGAGCCAGAACCAAUAUUAACUUUUUAUUUUAAAUGA